CUUGACUAAGAAUAAAUCAUAAGAAAGAGAAAGUCCUGAAGCAACAGUUUAUUACAUAUUUAUCAUAAGUCUUUAUGUGUUUUUUGAUAUGGAAAAGCCUUAACGUUCCCAUCUCGGGCUUACUUAUCCUUCCUUCCAUCCCUUCAGUUGGUAGGGUCCCGCGUGCCCGGCCUCGCCGAGCGGACUCCAAUUCCCAGCGUGCCCCGUAAGGCCGUGCGUGGCAGCGGCGCGUGACGUCAGGGGAGGGAGCUGGCCAGUGCUGAGGGGGCGCGGCGCGGAGGGGCGCGGAGCCCAGCGCCUCGGGGCCCAGAGAGCAUCACGGCCGGGAGCCCGCCGGCCCCUGACAGCCCCCUCCCCCGGCGAACGACCAAGACGACGAGGGCGCGGGUCAUGGCGGAGCAGCGAACCCAGCGCGGGCCCUAAGCACUACCGCAUGGAGCGGGACGAACGGCCGCCUAGCGGAGGAGGAGGCGGCGGGGGCUCGGCGGGGUUCCUGGAGCCUCCCGCUGCGCUCCCUCCGCCGCCGCGCAACGGUUUCUGUCAGGAUGAAUUGGCAGAGCUUGACCCAGGCACUAAUGAGGAAACUGACAGUUUAACACUUGGCCAAGGUCACACAGCCGUUUCUGUUCCAGAUGAUCGGGCCGAACAACGAACCUGUCUCAUUUGUGGGGACCGUGCUACAGGCUUGCACUAUGGGAUCAUUUCCUGUGAAGGCUGCAAAGGGUUUUUCAAGCGGAGCAUUUGCAACAAACGGGUGUAUCGGUGCAGUCGUGACAAGAACUGUGUCAUGUCUCGGAAGCAGAGAAACAGGUGCCAAUACUGCCGCCUGCUCAAAUGCCUCCAGAUGGGGAUGAACCGGAAGGCUAUUAGAGAAGAUGGCAUGCCUGGAGGCCGGAAUAAGAGCAUUGGGCCAGUCCAGAUAUCAGAAGAAGAAAUUGAAAGGAUCAUGUCUGGGCAAGAGUUUGAAGAAGAGGCCAAUCACUGGAGCAACCAUGGUGACAGUGACCACAGUUCCCCUGGAAACAGAGCUUCGGAGAGCAACCAGCCCUCACCAGGCUCCACACUGUCCUCCAGUAGGUCUGUGGAACUAAAUGGAUUCAUGGCAUUCAGGGAACAGUACAUGGGAAUGUCUGUGCCUCCACAUUAUCAAUACAUACCACACCUUUUUAGCUAUUCUGGCCACUCACCACUUCUGCCCCCACAAGCUCGCAGCCUGGAUCCCCAGUCAUACAGUCUUAUUCACCAGCUGGUGUCAGCAGAGGACCUGGAGCCAUUGGGCACACCCAUGUUGAUCGAAGACGGAUAUGCUGUGACACAGGCAGAGCUGUUUGCCCUACUUUGCCGCCUGGCCGACGAGCUCCUCUUUAGGCAGAUUGCCUGGAUCAAGAAACUGCCUUUCUUCUGUGAGCUCUCAAUCAAGGAUUACACGUGCCUCUUGAGCUCUACGUGGCAGGAACUAAUCCUGCUAUCCUCCCUCACCGUUUACAGCAAGCAGAUCUUUGGGGAGCUGGCUGAUGUCACUGCCAAGUACUCACCCUCUGAUGAAGAGCUACACAGAUUUAGUGAUGAGGGAAUGGAGGUGAUCGAGCGGCUUAUCUACCUAUAUCACAAGUUCCAUCAGCUAAAGGUCAGCAAUGAGGAGUAUGCUUGCAUGAAAGCAAUUAAUUUCUUAAAUCAAGAUAUCAGGGGUCUGACCAGCGCCUCACAGCUGGAACAGUUGAACAAACGCUAUUGGUACAUUUGCCAGGAUUUCACUGAGUAUAAAUAUACACAUCAGCCGAACCGCUUUCCUGAUCUCAUGAUGUGCUUACCUGAGAUUCGAUAUAUUGCAGGAAAGAUGGUGAAUGUACCCCUGGAGCAGCUGCCCCUCCUCUUUAAGGUGGUGCUGCAUUCCUGCAAGACAAGUGUGGGCAAGGAAUGACCUGUUCCCAUCACCCUCCUCAGGCUGACCACAGCGCCUUGGGUGGGCAGGACAGGCUCUGGAAGGAAGAGCCACAGAGACCAAGAUGGAGGAUAUGGAGCAGCGUUUCCAGUUGCCUCCAUACCAAGAAGAGUUUUUGUUUGUCUGUUUUUUUAACCUCAUUUUUCUAUAUAUUUAUUUCACGACAGAGUUGAAUGUAUGGCCUUCAACAUGAUGCACAUGCUUUUGUGUGAAUGCAGCCAAUGCAUUUCCUUGCAGUUUACAGAAUGUGAAAAUGUUUAAUGUUACAGUGUUGUCAUUGUUUAGAAAUAGUUCUUUUGUAUUUUGAGGGAAAGGGUGGGAUGGGGCUGAGAUGACUAUUUCCAUAAUGUUGACAAAGAUGACUACCUCAAUGGAAAUGGGGGGGUGAGACCAUCCCUACUUUUUCCACAUUUCUCAGCAGACUCAUACGUUUGUCUGUCAGAGAGCAAACUGCCUUUCUCUAGCCACAGAAUUGCCAGGUAAAAGAGCACACUAUGAAGGGGCAAAGUGUUCAGAGAUUUACCAAGCAAGGUUGCUGAGAUGUUUGGAACAGGGCAGAUGAGGAUUCAGCCCUCUCUUUGGAAAGUAUGAAAGUUGACAGAGUAAGGUGCAGUGACCAAAUCUAAGGCAGGUGUCCUCCCACCCAACAAGUCCUAAGGGCAGGAGGGUUUCUGUUCUCACACUCUGCUGCCCCCCUCACUUACACCUUCACCAUCACUGUCAGUUUCUGUAACUGUAACUUUUCCUGAAGGGAAAGUUAAGUUAAUGCACAGCCAUAGGUUUGGCUACCAUCUCCCCUGGGGCUCUCAGCUACCUAGUUCCCUCACCUGGAUCUACUAAGGCCUACUUUCCACAGACUCCUUCCCUCUUCCUUAUAAAUUUGACUUCCUAUUGGCCCUUUGAAAAACCAGCUGAGCAAAAUGCCAUGUUCUAAAUCCUAGUGCCCACUACUGAUUUAUUCUCCUUUCAUCCUGUGUUCUUCAAAGGGUAGUGGGACAGAAGCCAGACUGCUAAAAGAACAAACAAUCCUCCUUUGGAAUCUCCUGUCCUUCUCCCUGCCCCAUCCUACUUCACCCCCAGGACUGACUCCAAAAACUAAAGUCUCUUUUUCAAACAGUGGGAAGGACCAUUCACUCGCCUGUUGACCAGAAAUUUUGCCCCUAAAUACUACUCCAGGUUCUCCUAAUCUCUCCAGAUUUCUGCAGGGCCCCAGAACAGAAAGCCUGGGGCCCAGAGUGGCCCAGCUGCUCCUUACAUUAUCAGUAGCCUGGCCAACCAAGGCCUGAAGGGCUGGAGACAAAAGCACCUGGAAGGGAAGGGGGGGCUUUAAACUACCUCAUAUUCUUAAGGGCCUGGAAGCUACCUCUGCAGAUAAGGCCCCCUUGUUCUUUUACUACCUGCCCCACCUCAUCCUGGGAAGUGUUCCUUACCCUCUUAACUUGGGCCAUUGGCCAUACCAGUCUGUCAUGGAACUCUUUCAGGUGCUUUUCCCUUCUCUGCCUUAAUAUAGCAGUUGCCCUUGCCUACACCUAGGUGUGCAGGCAGCGCAGAAGACAGACCACUUACCUGUGAGCUUGUCUGGGUGGGCCUGAGGGGUCCACAGCACCUCCUUCUGCCUAUUUAGUCAAAGGCUGUUUGCUCUCUCCCCAACUAGGCCUAGUAAUCCUGCCCAGGGAGCACCAUAUUGUGUGCAUCCUCGGUAGUCUAGGUCUGAUUAUAAUUUGUUCUUUCUGGUGAAAUGUUACGGGUACCAGCACAGUGGUGAUUUUUAAUCCCUUGAUGGAUCUAAAACUUGGAGCUUUAUUCCUCAAUGCCAUUUCCCCAACUGCUCUGAGAAAGAAGAGACGUGUUCCUCAGGAAAAUCUUCAAUUAGCAUGUUUUUCACAUCAAUGGGAAGACUGUCUAUGUGCAUGGAUGUGUAUAUCUGUUUAUUUUUAAGUUCACGGUGUUUUGUUUCCCUUAAUCUUCUAUUUAACCACUUAGAUCACAUUCCUUAGCCGCAGGUCAGACUCUGAGCUGCUUCCUCAAGAUGGGGGAGAAGACACAUAUCAGAGACCCCUUCUCUAAGACAGUCCUGUUGGGCAGCAUCUUUCUUUGCUUAGACCUCCGUCUGUCAAAUUAUUUUCAAAAUUCCUUUUCAAAUUAAACAUUUUACCCAUUGUAUUGGGUGUCAAAGGAAAUUGCUCUCUGAUGAAGCAAGAACAUGUCUCUCUAAUAAUGUAGUAUUAAACAGAGCAAGUUGUUAAUUUGUGGAGUGGGGGAAAGGUUCUGCAAGUUGCCAUUGUACAAAUCCAUUUUUACAAAUGUUUGCAGCAGAUUCCACAGAACAAAGAGCCCAUUCAUUGCUGAGAGCCCUGCAGAAUCUCUGAGCCAAGUGGCCAUGUGUUCCGAGCCGGAGCCUGACCUGUGGACCGCCUUUAAUGUCUUCUGUACCCAGUCCUUUUAUGACGUGGGCUUUUUUUUAAAACAGGGUAAAGUGAAUGUGUUGCAUUGCAAACUCAGGUAUUAUGAGGAGAAGGUAGGAGUGUAGCUAGCAGUGUGGAGACAUUAGGUCAGCCACUAGAUGUAUUUGUGAAUUUGGUUUGAAGGACACAGAGAAAGGUUGGAGGGGGAGGUUUGGUGUGUUUGUUUUUUGCCUUUCUUCCCAUAAUGUUUGGUUAACAGGUAGCCUUUUUGCUAGUGGAAGAAGAAAAAAGUUGUGCGUGUUGUCUCUAAUUUCUCUCUCUUCUGUCCUCUCUCUGAUCCUCGGCCACCAAAAGCACUCACUUUGAGUGAGAAUUUUUCCACCACAAAAAUGUGACCCUGAAAGCUGUGUGGAAAAGGAGGAUCCCACCUCCUUGCACUGCAUUGGAACAUACAAGUUUUUCCUUUCCCUUUUAAAUGUUUUCUUGACCGAAGACAAAAAUUUGGAAUCUUGGAACUUCCAUCUCUAAUUCAUGCUCUCUGGUGCCCUUUGUAGACUUUUGGAGUCCUUUGCAAGGUUUGGUGGUCUUGUCCUUAGUCUGGAAAAACUCCCCAGAACCUAACUCAAAGCACUCCACCUGGCUCAGGACACCAGCCCCUAUGCCUGACCCACAGGUGAGGUGGGCAAGCCUAGGGAUAGAAGGAAGCAAGCAGGAGCCCCCCUGUCCUGGUCUCCAGAGCAAGAGCAAGGAUAGGGGACCAUAGGGGUCUCCGUGGCAUCAGUAAAAGUUACCCAUUCCACACUGACUUCCUCUCACCUGCCACCUCUUCUCAGGGAAGUACCUGCAUGGUCAUUGUCACCACAUCCUUAAUACCCUGGGCUCUCUGAGCUAGUUGUAUUGCUUUAUUCCUACUUCCUAUAUUUGUUUGUUCUUGAAUUCCUGGGGGAAUGGGGCAGAUCGAGAUAAGACAAGCCUAAUGUGGGCAACAUCUAAGCCAAGUUCAAGAUUGGCCAAAGUAAUGGAUUCUGGCCUCCUAGCUGAGUGAUUCCAAGUCUUUAGCUCUGGGCCCCUUACUGGUCUGUCCUUUUUUCUUGUUGCUUUAAAAAAAUUUGCAGUUGUUUUAAGAAAUCUCAGUCUUUCAGCCUAAACUUUGAAUUUUUCUUUAUUGAUUUUUUUUUAAAAAAACAAAAACCAAAAAAAUCCACAAAAAGCAAACAAAAAUAAACAAAAAUCCCAGUACUCUAAUCCCCAUCCCUCUCCCUACUCCAGUCUGCACGAGAUCCCUGCACUCCCCUCUGUUGAUCAUCCUCCCUUUUUCCUCAGCUUGAGGAAUCUAUGUCUAGUGUUUGUGAAAUGUUUAUCUGUGUCUCAGGAUGAAAAACGGCAAUCAUUCCACCAGGUGCUGGAAAUUGGUUAGUCUUGAGGCAAGGGUUUCUAGGGCCACAGCUCAGGGAUGUGUAUGUAAUUACAGGGUCCCCAGAAACCCCUCUCUUGGCUGCCAUAAGCAACAUCUUUUCUGGGCUGGACCUUGACUGUUUUCCUUAGAGGUGCUGGGAGCAAGCUGGGGCUUUCUCUUUGGCCAAACCUGGGCUCUCUUGAGACUUUAAGAUUUCUGGCUAUCCUGCGUCAUGAGCCAUAGGGGCUCUACCUUUAACUGCUCAUAAGAAGCCUGGUCCCUCUGUCCAGUCCAGUCCUCAUCUGGCCUCCCUCUUCUGGGCCUGCAGCCCUAAAUGGGGCUCUGCCUGCUCAGGAAUCAACUAUAGGCUCAAAGGGAAGCUGUGAUUAUAGCCAGAGCACUUCCAAGUACCCCCCACCCCCCUUGCCAAAUAAGUUGUGUUACUGGUGGAGGCUAGUCUUCCAAAUCCUGGAGCCUGCCCUGCCGUCUUUGCCCUUUGGUAACCAUUGUUUUCUUUCUCUCAAAUGUCUUGUAAUAACUGAUAAUUUUGUCGACUCAAAUUUCCAUGAAAAAGGAAAAAAAAACUACCUCUUGGAUGACAUCCUGGUCGAUUCCUCUCUGAGGAGUCCUGUGGGAAAAGGAUACUGUAGCUCCUGGUCUGUUAUGUGUUUCUGUUAGGAAAGAUACCCCGCCCACCCUGGGGCGUUGGUGUUUUUGUCUGAGUUGCCAUCCCAGGCCUGCGAUAGGGGCUUGUGGCUGCAUUGUAAUGUCUGGGCUGUGUCUAUGAGUAUUCCUUCUCACCUACCCAGCCAGGAAUUAGCCACCUCCUUGAAGAGGCCUCUAUUUCUUCCUGUGUUCCAAGGCCUAGGGAGAACCACCUCCCACAAACACCACCUUUAGGGACUCUGGUGGCACAUGCCUCGCUGAGCCUACCCCUAGGCUACCUCCCAGAGGUCUCCCUCCACCCACAGUCCUGUCUAGAAAUUGAAUAAAUGGAUGUCUCUGAGCCCUUGUCCCCAAAGGGCCGGCCAAGGGCUGCCUGCCAGCCUGGCUCCAUCAAUACUGCAUGACCAAAUGAUAGUUGGCAGGCUAUGCAGGCUACCCAGGCCCUCUGCUACCUCCCAUCCUUGCCAGCUGACAAGGGAUGGGCCCUGUUUUGUGAAUUGACUACCUGUGGAAAUGUGACCAAUUAGUGUGAAAUGCAUGUUUAGCAAGCGUUAGAUACUGUAUUUGAACCAAUAAAUGUGAAUCCUUCUGCA